AUGCCGUCAAUCAAGCGACAAGCCUCCGACAGCUUUAGCCAGCCGCAAGCCUUGGUCAAGCGACAGAAGUCCAGUUCAGAGCUGAACGAGAGCAGAGCCCUCACGGCUGGCGAGACGGAUCAAAAUGGCACGCUCACGACAUCCGUCCUACGCACCAGCGCCCUCCCCGCACCGAUCAUGGAAUUGACAGGCAUGAUUCACUUUUGA